AUGGCAACAGAUGUUCUCAGCUUCAGGGACGAUAGUAGUCUCGAGGACUGGCAUGAUUUUGAGGUUCUAGGCUGCGGAGACGAGCCCAAGAUUCUGAUCAAGAAGUCGAGUAUGCAGUCCGUAUCCGAGAGGCGGAUCUCCGUUGAUCCGCAAUCGCUAUUGUCGAGGAACGAGAGCUUCGAUAUGUUAGUCUCACGUCCGGGAGACAUCGAUGACAUUGCGCUGUCUCGGCCGUUGGAUAACCAAACGAAGACGAAGUUUGUGAGCUGCAGCCUCCCGAACUCAGCAGCCACGUCACCUAGACGUAGCUCAAGUUGGAAGAACAGAACCACAGAGCAGGUUCUUGACCUAAUGCUGAUUCAAGACGCGGCUACAGCGUUCAGGAGAAGCAAAUCUUGCGGCGAAGGACGUGCUUGCACACCAUCGCUCGAUUUCGACAUGUUAUUGCAUAAAUCAAGACAUGGACACCAUAACAAUAAUAAUCAUCAGCAUCAGCAUCAUCAUCAUCAUGGCUACUCUUCCUCUAAUUCCAAGAGUCUCUCCAACAAGAGUAGUGGAAACAACUCUUUCUUUUCAAAAACAGAGUCUAACAAAACAAGCAGAAGCAAUAGCAAUAGCAAUACCGCGAAUUCGAAAAGCAUCAGUUCAUUCGAAGACGGAUUCAAAUGCAGCGCUUUGUGUCUCUACUUACCCGGUUUCAGCAAAGGAAAACCCGUGAGAUCGUCUCGAAAAGGCGAUUCCUCUUUCACUAGAACCACAACGAUGACUUCUUCUCAAUCUAUGGCAAGAACCGCUUCCAUCAGAGACACCACGGUACUCUCGGCUCGAGCCUCCCUAGAGCGGUUCGAAUGCGGUUCAUGGACCUCUUCGGCUAUGAUAUACGAUGACAAUGUGGAUCUUGGUGGCCAUUUCUUCGACUUGCCUUCAGAACUGAUUAAAGGCGGGCCGGGAGAGAAUGACCAAGACGAUCCUGUUUCGGCGGCUUUCGUGUUCGACAAGGAACCUAAUCUGGAGAAAGAAAUCAAAGGUGUUUUGAAGACUUCUGGUUCGAAGUCGAGAAGAUCAAUGGAGUCGCCACGUCACGUUCGGUUCUCAACCUCGUCGCCGGUUUCUUAUCCGACGUCUCCCACACAUUCAAUCACGCCACGGUUGCUACAAGCCACCGAGGACUUCAGUAGUUUCUUGGAAGCUCAAGCCGUGUGAAUGGAGA